GCUGGCACUUCCUUGUUCAAAAGUUUUAUUUAGGGAAAGCUUUGGACAAAAGUUGGUCACCGGUCCUGGACGAUUUUCGACGCUGCUGUAGUCAAACAUUUAGAAUAUGGGUCACACUCGUCGUACAUGUUGGCAGUAACAGCGCACAGCUAGCGCAGGUUCCCCAUAUGGCUGUGGCCACCAGAAGCGGGCCGACGUUGCACUGAGAGUGUCCGCAAAGAGGAAGAUGUCCACGGCUAACGUUAGCGAUGACAUCCGUGGGAAGUUCCCCCUGCACUCCGCGGUGUGGGAGAACGACUACAGGCGACUGGAGGAACAAGUAACGAUAGCGGAGAAUGACAUCGAGGCCGCGGAUCCCAGAGGUCGAACCCCUCUGCACUUGGCUGUGUCACUCGGGCACAUGGAGUCUGUGAGAGUCCUUCUGAGACACGGUGCUGAAGUGACAAAAGAAAAUGCCAACAACUGGACAGUGCUGCAGGAGGCGGUCAGCACUGGAGAUCCAGAGAUGGUUCAGUUAGUGCUUCAACGCAGAGACUACCUCAAAGCCUCCACUGCGCUGGGAGGAGUGCCUGAGCUGCUGGCAAAAAUCCGAGAGUCGCCAGACUUCUACAUGGAAAUGAAAUGGGAAUUCACCAGUUGGAUCCCUCUUCUGUCCCGAGUUUGUCCAAGUGACGUUUGUCGCAUUUGGAAAAGUGGCGCCAGCCUACGAGUGGACGCCACUCUUCUAGGCUUUGAAAACAUGACAUGGAUCAGAGGGCGCAGAAGCUACAUCUUCCGAGGGGACGAUUCAUAUGCCGAGCUGAUGGAGGUGAAUCACGAUGAUGAAGUGGUGGACACAGAGCGCUUCAACAUCUCCCAAGAAAUUGAGGAUGUCACACUGGAGUCAAUGCAGCCAGCUGAGCAGGAAGUUGCCAAGAGGUUGACGACCCCCGUUGUCAACACCUUCCUGGACACCAAGGAUAUCGCUUUUGAGAGGAACAAGUCUGGGAUAUGGGGCUGGAGAACGGACAGAACAGAAUUGGUCAAUGGAUUUGAAGCAAAGGUUUUCAGUGUGAACAAUGUAAAUGUGGUAAUCAGGACGAGGACAGAGCAUCUCACAGACGAGGAGAAAGCCAGAAUAAAAAGUGAGAGGAACGUCCUGGAGUCUCUGCUGGGGACUGUGGAGCAGCACAUAAGUGCACAAGGGGAUCUAACUCUUGAGUAUGCAACUGCCACCAAUCCCACUGCCAUCACUCCAGAGGAAUAUUUUGAUCCCGACUUUGACCUCGGGAACAGAGACAUCGGCCGACCCAUUGAACUCAGCAUUAGAACCCAGAAAUUCAAAGGUACAUUGUGGAUGAGUGAGGAUCAUCCCCUGUCCUUGGUGGAGCAGGUGACCCCCAUAAUUGACCUCAUGGCCCGGACGAGUUCCCAUUUCGCACGGUUACGGGACUUUGUAACCCUAAAGUUUCCUCCUGGAUUCCCUGUUAAAAUAGAGAUUCCGCUGUUUCAUGUGCUGAAUGCCAAGAUUACAUUUGGUAAUGUAAAUACAUGCAGUACUGAAGAGGAGGCGAGCACAACGCCAGCAGCCACGCCAACAUCUUCAGGGGAAGAGGAAGAAGCUGCAGCACUCCCUCUGUUUAAGGUGUGCCCCUCAGUGUUUGUGGUGCCGGUCGGUUACCUCCGCCGAGGAGGCACACGCCACACGCCCGUGUCAAACAAUGACGAGGAGCUCUUGCAGUAUGCCAUCCAUCAGAGUCUCCUGGAGUCUCGCAGAGUCUCGGGCCAGGAGGGGAUCAGUGAGGAUACAGAUGGGGAAUUCACUGACGCAAUCCCCAGAAGCCAGAGUGACAGGAGUAUCCCAGAGGGGGUGCUAGUGGAAUUUGGAGACACCUCCAGCGCUACCAGCUCCGUCUCUGCCUCCAGCCCUGACUCAGACCUCCGCCUGGCCAUGGAGCUCUCCGCCCGAGCUCAGGAGGAAGAGGAGAGGGCGAGGAAGCAAGAGGAAGAGGACCUGGAGAGGAUACUGCAGCUGUCGCUCACCGAGAAGUGAAAGGAAUAAGAGGGAAUAAUAAUAAUAAUAAUAAUAAUAAUAAUGUAACUUUUCCAGAUCCAGAAACAACAACAACAACAACAACCACCACACCUCAGUUUACCUUCCCAACCACUGUCUAUGCAACUGCAGAAUUCUCUCUGUAAGAGAUCGUUCUUGCACAUGCAAUAUCAAACUCACAAUAUCUGAUAUUUUCCAAAAGGUAUUUUUGGUAAGAGCAUACUCCUUUUUAUAUGAUAUUUCUAUCUCAGCAUAGUUUGUCUCCUCACUCGAGCUUCAUUUGUGGACUCGUUGAGAUAGAUUCCAGUGGGUUCUACUUUUUAUUUAUUUAUUUUCUUUUUCCUACUCAGAAUCAGAGCAGCAACCCACGGUGUGUCGGUGGACUCAUCAUCCUGAGUGCAGUUAUGGUUCUGUGAAGUAAAAUAUUUGACCACUCUAGGUGAUCACAUGUAGUGUUGACACUCAGAUGUGACACUUUAGGUGGCAUUGUUUUUUAAUUUCCUAGUACCUGUCGCCUACUGUGGCCCUUAAGGGACAGAUCACAGGGUUUUCACUGGGAAGUUCUCCUGCAGAGUUGAGGACCACAGGCUCACUGAACAAUAGAAAUCUCAGGGUUCAAAUUGUACACAUUUUCCCAUCACUUUGGAAAUGUAGUUUGUUAAUCAGUUGUAAAACUCGUGUAAAUUGUUGCCUGGUAAACAUUUCUUUGGUGCGAAAUGGUAUUCUGAAUAUCACUCUAUGCCAUACCAACAUUAAGUCAGAGAGAUUGGUUAUUAAAGUUAAAAGUUCAUAAUUAAGGGGUUAGGGUUAGAUUCUUGUACUCUGUGAAUGUCUCCUCUGCAGAUGUUUAAACAAAAUCUUGUGGCUGUGAGGGAAACGUUAUAUUGGCUGCAUAGUGAUGUAGCCAUAGGAUGGGGGUUUAACUUUCCCGACCUGAUUUAUUUUUUUCUUCCAUUUGUACAUUUUCUCUGAUUUUCUGGUCGGACAGGAAAUAUUUCUGUUAACUGUCACCAAGCAUCUUCAAGCGUUUUUCACCUCAGUUCAAAAUGCAAUAGCUGAGACCGGUCUGUCUGUGGAUGUCACGCGCCUAAGGGGCGUCACACGACCAAUGUUGCAGUGAUUUUUCUGAUUCCUAAAGGCAGCCAGCCUUUUGUAGCCAUGAACAACUUUCGACCUCUGAGCAGAAGAGAACAUUGCACAGGGUCAAAGGUCAAGCAUGCCCGCCACAUGCAGGUUCUUUCAGCAUGUGCCAAUGGAUCGCUUGCUCUGAGUGACGCCUGCUGAACUUUCUGAGGAGUUAAUUUUGUAACUUAGAAACAAGAUGUUGUGGGUAUUGCUGAUUAACAUGCAUUAACCACUAUACUUGAUUUUACUGACAGCCAACCACUCGGAGUGGCAAGAAAAAUAUGCAAAACCUUUGGAAUCACCUCAUUUUCUGCAGUAAUUUGUCAUAAAAUGUGAUGUGAUCACAAGAUCAGACAGACAUAAUGUGCUUAAGGUAAUAACACACAAAUAUUUAUAACGUUUAGUGUCUUUAUGGAACAUACAGAUCAAACAUGCAGAGUGCUGGAGGAAAAAUAAGUGAACUCUUGGCUUUGAUGACUGGUUUCGCCUCUUUUGGCAGCAAUAUCCUCCAACAAGUGUUUUCUGUAGUUUCUGUAGCUGCAGAUCAGACCUGCACAACAUUCAGGAGGAAUUCCAGAUCAUUUUUCACACAGAACUGCUUCAGUUCAAACUUCUUAACAUGUCAGGUGUGUAAUUGUAACUUCAAUGAAGAUCUGACCACAUUUUAAGACACACAAACUCACCUUAUUCCACAGGUUUCACUCACUUUUUCUUGCCACUUAUCAAAGGUCUCUGUGUUGCUGCGUCUGACUUGCAGGGGCUUCCGCUGAAAAUCUUUAACAAUGAUCAAAUUGCCAAACUGCUGAACACUAGACUGGCUAGCUUUGGCUAAUAACAUGCAGAACUUUGUAAUGCACUGCUCGAGCUGCAAAGUUGUUUUUUAAUAUGUUAAAACUUUAGGAACGUGUUGCUUUCAAAAUGUUGUUUUUAAAAUAAAAGCACUUUAUUUCCA